GGGAGUUGACGUUAGAGUAGUUUAUUUUUCCCGCCUUUAAAACCAAAGAUCUAAUCUUUGUUUAAAACUAUUCAAUACAACAAAUUUUUGUGUGAAAUGCAUAACUUUAAAGAAAUAUGCAGGAAAUAUUUUGGUAGUAGUGACUUCUAUGAAAUUUUGAAAGUUCCCAAAACCGCCUCUCAAAAAGAGAUUAAAAAAGCGUACCACAAACUAUCACUGAUCGUCCACCCUGAUAGAGUCGACGAAGCCGACAAACUUACCGCUAAUGAAAAAUUUAAGGUCCUUGGAAAAAUCCAUUUCAUUCUGCAAAAUGAACAGAGGCGAAAAAUAUAUGAUAGUGGUGGUGAAUUCGAUGAGGGUGAAGACAUAGAAUGUAACUGGAUGGACUAUUGGAGAAACAUUUUCAAAAAAAUCAGUAUUAAGGAAAUCGAAAAUUAUGAGAAAGAAUAUAUUGGAUCUGAUACUGAGUACAAGGAUAUUAAACAAGCUUACGAAAUGAGUAAGGGAAAUAUGACGAAAAUGAUGGAUUUUAUUCCAUUCGGAAGGCCAGAAAGUGAACCCCGAAUUAUUGAAAUUGUCAAAGGGAUGGUUGACCGUGGGGAAGUCGUGGAAUAUGAUGAAUUUUUCAAUGAACCAGCCCGAAAGAAGAGGCAAAGGCACAUGAAAUACCAGAGAGAAAAAGACGAAAUAACAGAAGACCAAAUGAACGAUCUAGAAAAAAAUGCUAAUGAAAUUCGACAACGCUGUUGUGAUAGGUUUGUCAACCUAUUGUCUUCUUUGGAGAACAAAUAUGAAAAUUCAAAAAGGAAGGCUAUAACUCCAGAUGGGGGCAGUCCUAAAAAAAGGAGGAGUUCAAGAAGAAAUAAAUGAUCUGUUGUAAUUUUGAUUUAAUUCAAUCUCUUCCGACAUGAAUAUAUAUAUUAUUUUUUUAUUGAUUGAUGAUUGAUUAUGUUGUUUAGUUCUCAGAAUGACCCAUCACUUGCGAUUGAUUUUUUUUUUUGUAAUUAAUAGUAAAAGUUCAGAAGGCUAAACAUUUUUAUUCAAUUCAAUAGUAGUUGUACUUUUAAUAAAUGAAUGUAUCGAUAUAAAUUAUAAAAAA